GGAUGCGAUUCAUGUAGUCUCAGAAAUGCGAUAUCAAGCAAAAUCUUAUUUUACAUGCAAAACAGCAAUGUUCAUGAUGAUAGUGCAACAGUGAUCAUUGUCACGUGUGUAUUUCUUUGAAAACAAAGUCAUUCGCGAUUUUCAUAAGGUCGCGCAAUUGAGUUUUCCGCGGGAAAAUAAUGUCUGGAUAUCGAAGAGUGAAUUAUUACGAACUGUGUAGAUUGUGUACUAGCAACGAAGGAACCAAAAUGAACAUCUUCCGGGAAGAAGGUCGUAGACGACAACUUCAAACAAAGAUUCAAACAUGUUUGCCUAUACAGGUUUUAGAAGAGGAUUCUUUGCCAAAAAUUGUUUGUCACGAAUGUGUAAAGAAAUUAGAAAACUUUAUUGAAUUUAGAGAAACAGUUGUAAGUGCAGAGGGUAUGUUAGAAUCAUAUUUUACUUCACUACGAUUCUCUGAAGAUUUUCUAAAGGAAGGUAAGGUUUAUGUGAAAAAUACAGAAAAGGAUAGACCUGUAACACCUGAAAAUGAAGUAUUAAAGUCAAUUGAAAAAGUAGCACCAACAACAGGAAAUCAAAUAAUUAACAAUGAUCAACAAAUACAACAACCUGUUGUUGUUAGUAAUAUAAAUACUUCAAAUAUUCAAAUUAUUAGUGGAGUUCAAGCAAGAGUUCAACAAUAUAAAUGUGCCAUGCAGAUGCAACCAGGAGGUAUGGCAGCUGCUGUUGUAGAAGCAACAGCAGAAACACAUUAUAGUUAUCAACAACAGACUUCACAGCAAGUAUCUCCGCAACAAUCAAAUGAACCACAAAAUCAAAUUAAUGAUCAACAAAGUUCUACAUCGCAAAUUCAACAAGUGCAAAAUCAAAUUCAAAAUCAUGGCCAAAUAAAUCAACAAAUGCAAUCACAAAGACAAAUUUCUCAACAAAUUUCUCAACCACAAAAUCAAACACAAGUUGGUCAACAACAGCAGCAACAAAAUCAGUCACAAAUAACACAACAGAUUCAACAAUUACAAAGACAGCAAAGAGAGUUUGAAAAACAUAGACAACUUCAACAAAUUGAAAAACAAGUACAAAUUGCUACACAACAAGAAUUUCCUAUUAAGCAGGAGCCUCAAGCACAAAUAGUGCAUCAAAAUAAUAAUAUAAUUUUAAAAUCAGAACCUGAUGCUAAACAAAAUCAACAAAUCAUUCAGAAAGUACAAUCUGAAACUCCAAAAGAUGAAAGUGGUACUCAAAAUGUACAAAGUUAUACUGUACAAGCCACACCAGAAGUAUUUUUAAAUUUAGGAUUUAAAGAAGCACCUUUAGUUACACAAACUGUUCGAGAAGAGACAAAAGAAUUUAAGUCGGAAGAUACAAUAUCUCGCAACUCAAUCGGGCAAAUCUCCGAAUUUCUAAGAAUAAAACCAGGACCUGAACCAACAUCUCUAAUUACUGUCAAUCCUCAAGUUAUUUCACAAAAUCAUAGAAAUACUACUUGUAAAGAAUGUGGCAAAAUUUUUUCUUCCAUAAAUCAAUUAAAUGGUCAUAAUUGCUCUGUUCAAAAUCUUUUAAAUGAAACAUCUGAUAAUAGUAAUAAUAAAGAAGAUUCUUUACAAAAUAAUAGCAAUUCAUUUAGUUGUGAUGUUUGUGGUAAACCAUUUAAACGGAAAGAACAUCUUUAUCAACAUAGAAAACUACAUACUGGUGAACGUCCCUAUGUGUGUACUACGUGUUCAAAAGCAUUUAGUCGCAAAGAACAUUUAGUUAGGCAUUCUGUAUCUCAUACAGGUGAAAAGAUGCAUCAGUGUGAAAUGUGUGGUAAAAAUUUUUCUCGAAAAGACAAUCUUCACAAACAUCGUAAAACGCAUGGUGUAUCGGGUCCGUAUAUUUGUGAAACUUGUGGAAAAUCAUUUGUAGUAAAACAUUACUAUUUAAUGCAUUUAACAACUCAUGCUUCAACUAUUGGAGAUGGUGUAAAUUGUCAGGAUCCUUUACCAUAUAAAUGUGAUAUUUGUCACAAAGCAUUUUCUGUAAAACAAUAUCUUACAACUCAUAAACUUAGGCACAGAUCAAAGAAUAAUAAUUCUUCUCAUAAUACUGUAAAUGGUCAGCAACAACAACAACAAACACAACAAUCUAAUACAAAUAAUAUAAACAUAGUAACAAGUAAUGUUAAUAAUUCUGGGAACUUAAAUAAUAGCAAUGGACAGUCUAAUAAUGGAUCAACGGUUGAAAUGCAAAGUGUUAUUGAAAGAAAUGAACAACCAAAUGGUUCAUUUAAUAAUCAAUAUCAUAAUAAUAUACAAGAGUUUCAAUGAGAUAAGGGGAAGCGUGUCUAUUAUGUUCUCUUGCCAAAUGGUAACAAUCACAAAAUUGUUGUUAUGUGAGCAAGAGAAAUUUUAUGACACGCUAAAAUAUUUUCUUAAACUAUGCCUUCUGUUAUUCAAGAAGGAAAUUUUUUGUACUUUAAUAAGACAAAAAAAAUGAAUUUUUAAAUAUUAUUAUUUUAAAUAAAUUAAAAGUUAAAUAACUUAUCAUUUAUAUUCUAUCAAUAUUCUAUCAAUCAGAAAGUAGAAUCUUCAGUGGCUUAUGAGCUUAACUUGAAAUUAUACACUAUGUAUAUAUUUUGCCAGUAAAAUAUUACAAGUAUGAAAUGCAUGCUGUUUUAUAUGAAUGCACACUGUUAUUUAAUAUUCAAACAGAUUGUGUGCUACAAAAUUUAAGUGUGUAUGAAUAGUCAUAAGGUUGUUCCAAUACCUGAUUAGAAAUAUAUUUUCAUUAAGUUAAAAUGAAAUCAAUAUAUAAUCAGUAUGAAUUAUCAAUUAUUUUAAUUGCUUAUAUAAAUAAAAUUAAAAUAAUA